AUGAAUGGGGUCGAUGAAGAAACAAUUGAAAUAGCAACAGCACAUGCCAAUUUGCCGACAACAAACGGAGUGCAACGAAUAUUAGUUGAUCCGGAUAGACCAUCUACGACUUACACCAAUUAUGCUGAACAGUUAUGUCGGAGAACAAAUCUUCUCGGAGUCAAUGAACAUGACUCAGCUGUACCAAGUACAUAUGCUGACCUGAACAAUGGUUAUCAUCGAACUUCAGGUGCUACAGUACCACGUUCUGUUUCACCCAAUAUUUGCGCAAAGACGUACGUUUUAUUUUUAUGA